UUGUAGAUCCCCAUGAAAGUGGACCUAAAAUUUAUGAAUCAGAGGUAGCAAGAACAAGAAGACGACAGAGAACGUAUAACCUAAUUGGAAACGUGGUGUAAUCUGAUUCUUAACUUACACCAACUUUUAAAAAUGUUUUAACCGGAGGUUUAAAUUAAUUUAAACCGAAAACAAAUUGAUUCCAACCAAAAUUAAAAAUUCAUUUAAACCAAAAAUAAUCUAAACUGAACCAAGUUAUACCAAAUCGAAAUCUUAGUGAAUUUAACCAGAAAUUAAAAUUUUGUGGAUAAGUCUACUACAAUAAGUGUGUCUUAAUCUGGUAAUUAAAAUUUGAUUUAAAAGUCUGCCGUCAAAGAUGGCAAUUUUAAAAAUCUGCUACCAAAUGAAUAUAAAAGUCGACCAAAAAUUUAAAUCGGAUAAACAUAUCUUUCAUAAAAAUUUAUGUCUAUUACUCUUAAAAAGUCGGUUGAAGGUAAUUUUAAAUCGGUCUAAAAAAUCUAACUGAUACGAUAUAAAACUGCUAAUUUUAAAAAAUCUGUCACUUCAUUCGAUAGACUAAAACAGAUAAAUCUAUUGACGACAUUAAAUCGGACAGAUAAAUCAGCCAUCUUUAAAAAAUCUGUUGUAACUUAAAGGUCUGCUACCAAAUACUCGGCAGAUAUAAAUUUAACAGCAGGUUUAAUUAACAGAUUUAUAUCACAAUAGAUUUGUUUUUUUGUCAAAUAAAUCUACCGACGAUUUUUUUUUCAAAAUUUAAAUGGCAAUUUUGUAAUAUACUUUUCUGCUCACAACUGUAAAAAAGGACAUUUUCGACCAUAAAAAUAUUUUAGUAAUUUUGAACUUUUAAGAUUUAUUCUAGUAAUAACUCAAGUAAUUUGACUCGUUUUAGUAAACUUCCCUUUUUCUUAUAACGUAGAUUACAAAACCCUUAUAACCCGACUCAUAUAUUUAUCAAUGGCUUAUUCAAAGAUUGCUCUCUUCCUCAUUUUGAAUAUCAUUUUCUUCACCUUUGUCAGCUCGAAUCCAGUCCCUUACCGCAAACCCACUUGUAAAAAUGCUCUUAAAUUCAAGGUUUGUGCCAAUGUGUUGGAUUUGGUUAAGGUUUCUCUACCACAAAGAUCCAAAUGUUGCGGACUUAUCAAAGGUCUAGUUGAUCUCGAAGCCGCGGUUUGUCUUUGCACCGCCUUAAAAGCUGAUCUCCUUGGCCUCAAACUAAAUGUUCCAAUUUCACUAAGUGUUAUCUUAAACCAGUGUGGUAAGAAGGUUCCAUCUGGUUUCAAAUGUGCCUAAGGUUGCGCAGUUUUAAACUGAGACUCUAAACCAUUGCUUCAAAAGUUCGUUUCUAGUUUUGAGAUUUCUAUUUGUUUCUACCAGUAUCCAUUGUUGUACUUUUUUACAUGUUUAAUCAAUGAAAUAAUAAGGUUUGAUUCAAAAAAUUAAAAUCAAAUGUUGCUUAUUCUUUUUAAUUAACGGAUGCUCUUAAUUUUCAGUGUUACGUUUUAUUAGAGUGUCAUACCAUGAACCUUUUAAACUUAACAACGAACGUGAAAUGGAUGCAACCAUGGAUGCAACCGACUGAAUAUUUUACUUAUUAUAUUCUUAUUAGCACGUACUUAAUCAUGCAUGCCAUCAUGGUAUACUCUGUCACUGUCGCCACAUAUUAAUCAUUUGAAAAGUUAAUAUUAAGAGGAGCAUGAUUUUAAUGAUUGGAUGAGACCUGACCAGCAAAUAAUUAAAUCACCAACACAAGUAUAGUGUUUAAAUAAAAAAGGUAUUAUUACUUGUCCCAGUUCCAAAAUUUAGAUAAAAUUACUAGAAAGAUCAAAUCGCUAAAUAAUAAAAGAAAUUGAAAACAUGUAUCGAACAUAAAUGAAUAACCGAAUGUCCAUCCCUAGCUAAAGAAGAAAAUGUUAUAAAGAGUAAAAAACAAUGAAAAUAAUUUUUGAAUAAUAUCAACGAUUAAUUAAUUCGAAAAAUUAAGGCAUAUAAUUUGUAGAUUGUAACAAAUGGAAUGAUUAGCAAACUAAAACACAUUGAUAAAUUAUUUAAAUAUUUGAUGUACAUUAUUAUUCCAAAUGCUAAAAAGAAAAUCUGGCAAUAAAUGCAACCGAAGGAUAAAGAGAAACAAUAUGCGGACACAAACUAGAUGCAAGUUAAUCAAAAUAAGUUAGUUGCAUUACAAGAAAACUAAAAACAGACACAUAACAAUUGUUGGUAAACUGUAAAAUGAAUCCAAAAGUAACUAGACAAGUGGGAUUGAAUAGCAAUUAUAUUUUUGUUCAAUUUUUAGUGAUAAAUAUUUUCAAAAAUAUCAGUUUAGUUACUGCAGCAACACAUAAAAAUGGAAUAUACAUUAUAGAUACACAAGUUUUCAAUAAAAUAUAGUGAUAUUUUAAAAUUAAAAUAUAGUUAAAAUAAUAAAAAUUCAAUAACACAAAUAUAAGAAUUAGGAAGAAGAACCUAACUACUUAGCCAAAAAAAAUUCUACAAUUUCAAAUCGUUACUAAAUAUGAUAAUAUCAAAGGGUACUAAUGAAUAUUAAUAUACAGUUAAAAUUUUCAUGAUCUGAACUUGAAAUCAUAAUUUUCUAUUCUUUGGUGUUCAAUUCCCGUCAAAAAUUUAAAUUGAUGUAAAUAUCAAUUUUCUGUUUGGUUUGACUUUUUCACAAGAUUAUGCAUCUGUGCCAUAUUUUAUGCAUAGCGUUUUACAUAUUUAAAUCCAUGUUAUUUUAUGUAUUUUAUUUAAAUAAGAAAAUGGGACAAAUCACAUAUUUACUAAUAUUUAAUAACGUUUUGGCGACGUAGCUAUUUUCUGGCUGGUUCCCAUUCUGUAACUAAAAUCAAACAUAUUUGUUUUAACAUGUUACCAAGAUUAAUUUAUAAGCUUGAUGUAUAAUUCCAGUAACACUUUCUUUCUUUUUAUUGCUGUUUUGAUUAAAUUAUAAGAAAUUUAUAUAUUUGAUAAUACAAACGUUAUCUUUCUGUUUGAGUGAGGCAAUAAUAUAAUGGUUAUUGCAUUACAUGUAAUCAAUUUAAAACAUUAAUACAUACAAUUUGUAGAUAUGAUUAGAUUGAAUGAUUAGCAAACUAAAGUACAUAGACAAAUUAUUAAAAUAGUCUCUUUAUAUUAAACCAAAUUUUUGAAAAGAAAUCUUGCAAUAUUUGAAACUUAAGGGCUAAAGAAAGCCAAUAUGCAGACACAAACUAGAUGCAAGAUAAUCAAAAAUAAGUUACACGCAUUAACAAAUUAAAAAACUCAAAAUAGACAAAGAAAAAUUAUUGGUAAACCGAAAAAUGAAUCCAAAUGUAACUAGACCAACAGGGGUAGAAUAAAAACUAAUUGUUUGGUUCAACUUUAAUGAUAAAUAUUAUCGAAAAAAUCAUUUUUAGUUAUUUCAGUGACGCAUAAAAUGAAAUAUACAUUAUCGAUACACAAACAUUACAUAAGACAAACCUUUUGGCUUAGACAAAAAGUUUUCUACAAUUUCAAACAUUACUCAUUAUGAUAAUAUCAGAGUGAUCUAAAUCUUAAUAUUCAAUAAGAAAAUUCAAUAUUUGAAUCACAUAAAAUCAUAAGUUUCUAUUCUGUUGGGUUCUAUUCCCGUAAAAAAAAAUUAAAACUGAUAUAAAUAUCGAUUUUAUGUUUGGUUUGACUGCUUUACAAAAUUUGGCAUGAUUGCUAUAUUUAUGUAUAGUGUUUUACAUUUAAAUCUGUGUUAUUUUGUGUAUUUUAUAAAAUGGGAUGAAUCACAUAUUUACUAAUACAUAAAACCUUUCUGGCGACUUAUCUAUUUUCUGGUUAGUUCUUUUUCAGUAACUAAAAUCAAGCCGUUUUGUAUUAACAUGUUAUAAAUUUUUAUAUCUGGAGAAAGUGGCAGAGCAUAACAAGAUUAAUUUAUAAGCUUGAUGUAAAGUUCCAAUUGCACCUUUUUUUCUUCAGUCCUGUUUUGAUUAAAUUAUAAGACAUGUAUAUAUUCUAUAAUAUUUGAGUGAGACAAUAAUAUACUCCCUCCGUUUUAUAUUGUAAGUAGUUUUAGCAAAAAAUGUUUGUUUCACAAUAUAAGUAGUUUUCAUAUUUCAAUGCACAUUUUCUCUUUAUUGGAUAUUGUGUAACCAAUCAAAUAAUGCUAGUUUUUUUAUAAUAGGUUGAGUUUAUUAAUUAAAUAAUAUUAUUUACAAAAACAAUAAUUUUUUAAUAUUAGUGUUUUUAACUAAAACUACUGGAACAGAGGGAGUAAUUAAUGUUUAUUGCAUGUUACAUGUAACCAACCACUUACGAUCCUUAACGAUUUGCAAGAUCAACCUUAAUGUUUCCAUUUUCAUUGAGUUUUAUAUUAACCCAGUGUGAUAAGUAUUGGGAGAUCGAUGAGAUCGAUCAUAUCGGAAUUAUGGAAAAUACAAAAAUAAGGAAAAAUCUAUAAGAAUCUGGAAAGACCAAGAAUAGUAAAAAAAAUUAACAUUUAUCUAAUAUGUUACACCAUAUUAGUUUAGAAAAUUAUAUUGAUUUAUUCUCUGUAAAAACAUAUGUAUCUUGUAACAUUAUUUGGAUGAGAGUCUAAUAAUAUUCUUCCUAAACACUUUUGUGUGCUAUAUUCUCAAUCUAUUAUGGUAUCAGAGCCUUGUUUGUUGACCCAAGUAUAGUGGCCCAAGAAGGUUUAUUAUCAGUCCUAAAGUGGAAUCCGGUUCAAGAUAGACCGAUAAAAGUUAUCAUCUCAAGGGGCUGUGUUGAGAUCUCACAUCGGAAGUUUAAAGUGACCAAUAUUGAUAUAUAAAAAUUUAGGUCAAAUCCACUUAUCGCCAAUUGAUUUUAAGAGCCGUGCCAACACUAUAACUAACCGAAGCGGUUGAAAAUAAAAUGCCUCAGUUUUUCAAAAAUGAUAUAUUAAAUACUAUCUUAUGUAGCAAAGGUAAUUAAAAACUAACAAACAAAAGAUUCAUUUUAAUAACAUUUUAAAAUUUUAAAAUUACCUUUUUCUUUUUCUUUUUUAGCAACACGUUCAUGAAACUAAGAUGAACCUUUGGUUCAAUACAAAGUUAGUAAUUUUUAUUUGGUCACUUAACUACUAAAAUGUUAUCACGUAACCACAAGAGCAUAACAAUCAGCCUUCUAAAUUUCUCUUCGUCUAAUCCCAUAUCCAGCGUAUCUAACUCUAUGUAUGUAAUCAUUUUUAUUAUUUAGAUUAAAAUAAUAUUAAUUAAUCAAAGUGCCUUAAUUAAAAACAGUAACUAACAAAAAGAUGCCCUAGUAGUUUGUUUUUUAAAUGGCUGUCAUAGACAAAAGAUUCAUUUCUUACAACUAAGGUACGGAUUGGUUUUAAGUUUGAAACCUAUUGUGAAGUCAAUUUUAACAGUAAGAGGGUUCCAUCUGGUUUCCAAUAUGCCUCGAGAUAGCACAUUUUUAAACUGAGAUUCUAAACUAUUGCUGCAAAAAUUCGUCUCUUGUUUUGAAAUUUUUAUGUGUUGCUACCAAGUAUCAACUGUUGUACUUUUUACAAGUUUAAUCAAUGAAAUAAAAAAAUGGCUCAAAAAUUAACAACCGAGUUGUUUAUUAUUAUUAAUUAAUGGAUACUCUUAUUUUUUUAAGUAAUGUGUUAUAACCUGUACCGUACCAUGAACCUCUUAAAUUUUACCAUGUACAUAAAAGUCUAACGGAGAGAUGUUCCAUAAGAUUUAAGAGAGAAAUAUUGAGAAUUUUAGUUUUGAAAUGUUCCUAAAGCAAUAAAGAUAAUUUGUUCUUUAAUCUUUGUGUUUCAUAGAUUUCCAUAGUUAAUAUAUAUUUUCUAACUUCUGAAGUUUUUGUCCUUAAUACCUAAUUGGUCUUGAUGUCUCUGUCUGUCCUUGGCAUUAGCUAAUUAAUGUUCCCACUUGGUUGAAUCUUAUCUCAAACCCAUGUGGUAAAAAGGUUCCAUAUGGUUUCUAAUGUUCCUAGAGAUAACACAUUUUUAAACUGAGAUUCUGAACUAUUACUAAAAGUUGGAUUCUUAUUUUGAAGUUUCUGUUUAAUUCUACCAUUAUCUAUGUUGUACGUUUUUAACAUGUUUUGUUGAUGAAAAAAAUGUGUUCUGGUUCGAAAAAUAACAAAGGCAUGUUGUUUAUAUUCUUGAAUAUUUUGAUCCUCAUAUUUUUCAAAUAUUCAUGUCAUAACCAUACCAUACCAAAGAGCUUCUAAAGUUAACUUCGUAACCAAUUAAUUCAUGAAUUUAAUCUAGUGUUACUGGCAAAACAACUGUGGAGAUUGAUACAAUUCGUAGAUUCUCUUCUUUGAGAGUUUUACGUAGACGAUAUCAUCGAUUAUGCUUGCCUUUGCGUGCACCAGCAGCUGAGAUUUUUUCUUACGUUUGGACAAGUUUUAUGGCAGCUAGAGGUUUACUUACCUUGGGAAUCAGACAAAAGGUACGUCCAUGAUUUCAGAUACUAGUAUGAGAAUAUCCUUGGAUCCCUACGAUCCCUACUAGACCAUCUCGACCUUCCGCACGAGUCGUUCAUCCACGUAUGACAGUGAGUGAGUUAAUCCAUUGCCAAAUGUGUGGAACGUAGAAAUGCUAAAAAAAAUUGGUUGCUCAAGAUGAUAUACCACUUAUUCGGAGUUUGGCCAUAAGCCAAUCCAAUAGAGAUGACAAAUAUAGUUGGAACUAUACAAAAAGUGGGAUGUAUAUGAUUAAAUCAGGAUAUUGGGUUGCAAGGAAUAUUAUUUGUCAGGAACCUGAAGUAAUAGUAUCAGAGCCUAGUAUCACAAAGCUUCAAGUCUUCGCUUAGAAAAUCAAUGUUCCACAAAAAAAGUGUCAUCUAAUAUGGCAGAUGCCUUCUGCCUACUUAGCAGUCACUGGGAACUUAACAUGUAGUCAUAUGUGAUGUGAUAAUCAUUCUUAUAGAUGUGGAGAACCUGAUUAAUCAUUUAAUCAUGCGAUUUUUUAGUGUCCACCUUGUUGGACCCAAUUUUGGUCAAUACCAUAAUGGGCCGCGAUUAAAGACAUGGGCCUUAAAGGGCCGGAGCCCGUAGCAAGAAUACGAGCUCGAGAAGGAGUCACCGAGGUCGCGGAGAUCGUGCAACAAGGAGCUGAGAUCGCGGAGCUACCACAGAGAUCUCGAAGUCGACUGACUAUAAAGGAAGAGGAGUGGAAACAGAGGACACGUUGAAAACCCUAGAGAGAGCUACACACUUACAUCGAUCUUGUUGUCUUCCCACUUUUAGAUUCUUUCUUUACCGAUCUCGUUUGUAUCACUCGAUCUAGUUCAAUUCAUUGUAUUCGAUCUUAUUCAUCAAUAAAGUCCAUUUUCACC